CUCAUCAGCAUCAGCACCGACUGCUCCAACAGAACAGUCAAGGGAAAAGUGGUUCAUAAAGGCCCGCUGGUGUCGUUAACAGCCGACAACUUCAUCUUGAAGACCGUCAUCCAAGAAGAAGAGUCCCAGCCAAUCACCUCGUCUCAGCUGUCGUCCAUCAACGUCGUCCUGAUGGGAGCGCUGGCCAAGGAGUUCAGCCAAGCUGUCAAUCAAGGGGAUGUGGUCGUGGCUUCUGGCUUCACUGUGGGCAAAUCUCCAACUGUUAAUAAGGACAAGCUGCACCCGUGUAACCUGCUGCUGUCAGGAGACGACGCCUACAUCUAUGUCUCCCGCCUGCCGACUCCUCCUGACCCCGGAUCCCAGCCAGCCGUCAAGAGGGGCUCAGCGCUCUCUGCUCAGGUUUCCAGGACAACCAAGGCUCCAAAAUACACCUAUGUCCGACUGGGCGACCUGAAGGCUGGACCUGCGGUCAACGUGUACGGAGUGGUGACCUUCUUCAAACAGCCCUAUAAGUCCCGUGGCACAGAUUUCUGCUCCAUCCUGAAGAUUACAGAUCAGUCUAAAAAGGAGAUCCUCUGCAAAGUCUUCUGCAAGAAGCUGGAGGAUCAUCCCAAUAUCUUCCAAAUCGGAGACAUCGUCCGCUUGCACGGAGUCAAGCCUCAUUCCUACAGAAACUGCAUCGAGCUGGUCAAGACGUUUGGCUUCUCUGCGUUGACGUUUGACGGGGUGGUCGGCAGACCCGUGGAGCCUCGGACCUCCAGCCGCUCCUUCCACUUCGACCAGGACGACCGGCGAGUGGUGGAGGAGCUGAGAUCCUGGGCUUCAGGUCAGGGUUUCCUCCCUGCGGUGUCCACCAUCACUCUGUCUGCUGUGGAGCCCAAACAGUACUUUGACCUGACCUGCCAGCUGCUGGCCAAAGCUCCCAUCGACACCACCUGCAUCCUGCUGAGGGUGUGGGACGGGACCAGGUGUCCUUACAAGCUGCUGAAAGUGAUCGUGGAGCCGGACGUCACAGAGGGGCCGUCCUCCUUCUCUGCAGAAAAAGAGAGCGUCAUCGCUAACAUCCUCAUCUACGACAACCAUGUGGAGUCCGCCAAGCAGCUGAAGCCUGGAGACUUCCUCAGGAUCUACAACCUCCGAGCAAUCCCAGGAUCCAGUAAGGUCCCCGGCCUCACCAGCACCCAGGCGGUGGAGGUGGAUCACAUGGCGUUCCACCUGCACGGAGGGACGGCGUUCGGCAGGGGCAUCCGGCUUCUUCCAGAAGACAGCCCUGAAGUGCAGGAGCUGAAGAGAGUGAUUGCAGCAAUCCCGGGGGACGAGGAGCUGAGUGACUCUGAGAUGAUGGAGGUCUGGAGCACUCCACCCGAGUCUCUGGAUCUUGUCACAGUCACAGUGGAGUGCAGCACAGAGAGAACCUGUGGUCAUGACGUGCAGCCCGUGAUGUUAUCCCAGCUGAAGCGGUCUGAACCGGGUCGAGUCCACCACGUCAGAGUCCAGCUGAGAUCGUACGAGCCGCUCAGACUCCACCAGGCUCUGAAACUCUACUGCAGCAAGUGUACAACCAUGCGGGAGGUCCCAGACGAUGAAGUGGUUGAUGGUGUCUUUUCUGAGGCGUCCAGGGACUCUGGACCUUGCAGUCCCCCAACGUGGGCGCUGUCAGGACAGGUCGAUGCCCCCAGGGAUACCCCUAAUCGAGCUCUCGGUGUUCACCUGUCCACCCAGCUCGUAUCUGAGGGGAGAUCUAAGGAGCUCGUCUUCCUCAGGGGUUCGACUCUGGAGGAAACGUGUCACCUGGCGUCCACCUAUCAGAACAUCGUCCCUGUGAGGUCAUCAGGAGGUCAAAUGGAUUUGCUCGACCUGUCUGCACCUUUUCUGUUCAGAGGCAGGAAGAGAUACUACGGGUGUAAGCGGUGCUCCGAGGCCGCAGUGAGGGAACCCUGUGCUGUGGGGGUCGAGCUGAUCGACGAGAAGGUCGUUGCAGAAGCUCUUGGCGUUCAGCUGCUGCAGUUCGUCCUGCUGAUGAAGCUCGAGCUGCAGGACUCGACGGACACUCUGGACGUCUUCCUGUGGAGAGACGCUGAGAAUUUCUUCGCCGUGGCAGCAGAGGACGCAGCGGCCAGUCAGGAGGCUCAGAACAGCAUCCAUCAAGCAAUGAACUUCCUCUGUCCACCAGGGGGCAGCACAGGUGAGCGUCCAUGGAUGGAUUUGUGUCUGGCGUCGUACGAAGCAAAGGACAACGGAGGACAGAACCAAACGUGCUAUCAGAUCUGUCAGACCAUCUUCACCAGACCCCCCUCAUCGACGCGCAGCAACCCCAACCCGGCCUGAAAAACCUGCCCCGUUCAAAAAUCACGAGAAGACGCUCACCUGGUUUAGCAUCUCACGCACUUUGAGCUUUAUUUAAACUUAUUGCUGAAAACAAACAAACAUUCAUAUUUUUUUUUAAUGUAUAAAGCUGUUGACUGAGGUGUGAGUGUGUGUUUUAAAAAUGUUCUCUGAGCCUUUUAACGACUCUUUUAAUAAAAGAAAAAGAAAAAGAA